AUGACGAGACACCACAAACCCGCAAAGCACCUCAAGCACGAGAGCGAGUCCGAGGCUCACAGGAUCUUCCGUGAGUCUGCCGGCCACGCGCCCAAGGGCCUCAUCCCCCAGACCGUGAACCCCGAUGAAGAGACGGUCCCCGGCAUCCAGCACCCGGGCAGCACGGGUGUCAUCUACUGCUCCGACCGCGCCAUGGCCAACGGCUUCUCCUACGCGUCCUCGCACGAGUGGGCGAACCUCGGCCAGGGCGCCCCCGAGGUCGGCGCGAUUCCCGACGCCCCGCCCAAGCCGCGCACCAUCGACGUCCCCGAGGACUCGCUCGAGUACGCACCCACGACCGGGGUAAAAGAGUUGCGCGAGGCCGUCGCGAACCUCUACAACCACACGUACCGUCAGGGCAAGGAGAGCCAGUACACGUACGAGAACGUCUGCAUCGUGCCCGGUGGCCGCUCGGGCCUCUCGCGCGUUGCGGCUGUCAUUGGCGACGUUUACACGUCAUACCAGAUACCGGACUACACGGCGUACGAUCAGGUGCUGGGCGCGUUCAAGCGCCUAGUGCCGGUUCCCACGACUCUGGAUGCGGAGGACAGUUACCACCUGAACAUCCAGCAGACACGCAAAGAUAUCCGGACGCAGGGUCUGCAGGUGCUCAUCGCGUCCAACCCACGCAACCCGACGGGGCAGGUCAUCCGCGACGGGGAGCUCAAGGAACUCGUGGACCUCGCGCGCGACACCACCACGACGGUCAUUCUCGAUGAGUUCUACUCGUGGUACAUUUACCCCGAAAACGACGAGGACUUUGGCAAGUCCGUCUCCUCGGCGGAGUUCAUUCAGGAUGUGAACCAGGACCCCGUCGUGAUUGUCGACGGUCUCACGAAGAACUGGCGUCUCCCCGGGUGGCGUGUCUGCUGGGUCAUCGGGCCCAAGAACCUCGUCACCGCACUGUCGCAGUCUGGCUCGUUCCUUGACGGCGGCGCGAACCACCCCCUGCAGCUCGCGGCAAUACCCCUGCUCGAGCCGGAGCGCGUAAAGCAGGAGAAGCUGUCGCUGCAGAAGCACUUCAAGGCGAAGCGCGACCACGUGCUGGCGCGCCUCGAGGCGCUGCAGCUCAAGGUGAAGGUGCCGCCGCGCGCGACGUUCUACAUCUGGCUCGACCUGGAGGACCUCCCCGCGCCGAUCAACAACGGCCUGACGUUCUUCGAGGAGCUGCUCAAGGAGAAGACGAUCGUCAUCCCGGGCAUCUUCUUCGACAUCAACCCGUCGCACCGCCGGAACCUCGUCGACUCGCCGUGCCACCACUUCGUGCGGCUGUCGUUCGGGCCGCCGCGUGAGGACCUGGACAAGGGUCUGGACGCGAUCGAGCGCGUGCUGAAGAGGGCGAGGAAGGAGGGGGGCCCGCGCCAUUUCGGCCACGGCUACAAGAAGAGCAUCGACUCGCCCACGACGCUCACGCACUUUGUCUGA